AUGGUGUGUAGCGCCUCCAUCACUAGUUGGCAUGGUAACACCACGGUUGCCCUGGGAGACCAAAGGUCGCUACGGAAGACUGAUACGUAUCCGUCAACGAACGACCUAUUACUACAACUACUACUUGCUGCUGAUGUUGCUCUGGUCGGGGUGUUUACGUAUAUUGGGAUAAAGUUGCUUACUUCGUGGGGACAGUUCUUUAACAGAUCACGCUGUCUAUUUCGUUUGAAAGUCAACGAUCUGAAAACAUGUGGAAACGUUUUUCCUGUGCAGGGUAUUUGUGGUGUCUAUGAGGGUAUUUGUGGUGUAUAUGAGAGUAUUUGUGGUGUCUAUGAGGGUAUUUGUGGUGUAUAUGAGGGUAUUUGUGGUGUAUAUGAGGGUAUUUGUGGUGUAUAUGAGGAUUUGGAUUUAGUAGCACUAAUAAUUGUUCUUACGUCAUCGUUUACCCGAUGUCAGAUGGUCUGUCCAUCUGGAUAUACAGUUUCAAGUUGGCAUGGCAACGGGUGUGUGGACACGGAUGAAUGCCAUGAAGGUGGACUCGGACAGUGUUCUCAAAUGUGCACAAACACACAAGGAUCUUUCAGGUGUUCGUGUUACCAUGGUUACUCAAUCGACAAUGAUGGCUGGACAUGUCAUGCUGAUGGUCCUCCCUUUUAUUUAAUAUUCAGUCAAGGAACAGAAAUAUUUAAAUUGCAGCCUGAAGGGAUAGAUCAUAGGUCAUUGUUACAGGAGCUUGGCAAUGCUGUUGCUAUUGACUACCACUAUCAGUACAACAGCAUUUUUUGGGUUGACACCACUGAGAAUAUACUGUACAAAGCUUCUUUGGAGGGCACUCAUAGACAGGCAAUGUUAAAGCUUGGUGAUACUACAGUGGUUGGCUUGGCAGUGGAUUGGAUACAUGAUUACCUGUACUGGACAGAUGCUGAAAAUAAUAAUGUUGAAAUGAGUGCAUUGGAUGGAAGUCAUCGCCAAACUGUUGUACAUCUAUCAGCUCUCACACCAAGAAGUAUUGCUGUGAAUCCAAUUGAUGGAUGGCUAUACUGGACUAGCUGGGGAGCGUCAUCAAGAAUUAUCCGAAGUCGUCUAGAUGGUUCAGAUAUAACACCUCUAGUGUUCAGUUCCAUCAUACAACCAAAUGGGUUGACAUUAGAUUUCGUAGAUGAGCGACUUUAUUGGGUAGAUAACGGUACACGCACACUGGAGUCUUGUCACUGGAAUGGCACAGAUAGGAGGCUCAUUUUGCAUACAGCUGAACAUCAACCGUUCGCCGUUACAACUUUCCUGAGUCAUAUCUACUGGACAGAUUGGAAUAGUAACUCCUUGACAAGAGCCACCAAGUACAAUGGCGAGGACAUUGUCGGCAUUAGUACAAAUCAUCUGAUAAGUCCUCCUAUCGAUGUUAAAAUUGUACAUCCAUAUCGGCAGCCAUGGUCCACACCAAUAGACGGAGACUGCAAUAGUACGGAAUGUAGUGAGCCCAAGCCUCUGCCUGAUCGACCAUUUGUUGUCUUUAGCAAUAAAAAUGAUUUAAGAAGAAUGAAUUUUGAUGGUACCGACUAUCGACAUAUAUUACAAAAUGGGAUGAAAAAUGUAUUGACGUUAGAUUACGACCCGAUCGGUAAAAUGUUGUACUUUGCUGAUGCUGAUUUUAAUAAGAUUGAGAGAGUUUCCGUUGAUGGAUCAUUACGUGACCUUGUAAUAGCCCAUGACUUGAGUGUUGUAGAAGGCUUGGCUGUAGACUGGAUACAUCGUAAAAUUUACUGGACUGAACUGGGUAACAGUCGCAUCUCACGUAGCGAUCUGGAUGGAACAAAUAGAGAAGUGAUCAUAUCCCAUAAUAUUAGUAAACCAAGAGGGAUUGCUGUAUUUCCACAAUUGGAGUUAUUCUAUUGGACUGACUGGGGUGACCAAGCGAAGAUAGAAGUUUCCAGUUUGGAUGGUACACAGCGUAGCAUCAUAGCAACCUCAAAUGUGACUUGGCCGAACGGAAUAACAAUAGAUUACCAUGGUAAUAAAGUAAUCUGGUGUGAUGCCAAACAUAAUACAAUAGAAGAAGCUAACCUAGAUGGGAGUGAGCGGCGUAUCGUCACAGACUUUGAAAUUACGCAUCCUUUUGCCAUCACGCAGUUUAACCAGCAUAUCUGGUAUACUGAUUGGGCACGCCCAGAAAAUGUGAUUUUUCGCGUUGAUCAGAGUACUGGUUUGAGUAGAGUGCGCCUACAGGGUAGUAUGUCACAACCAUCUGGAUUGCAGAUUAUACAUCCUACAGUGAAGAAACCAACAAAUAUAGCUGAUAUCAAUCUGUGUUCUAUCUUAAACGGGAGAUGCGACCAUCUUUGUUACCAUGAUAGCAUUAAUAAGGCCAUUUGUGCUUGUCGCCAGGGUUACCGUCUCCAAGAAGAUAUGAGAUCUUGUCAGAUAGAUGAAUGUUUAGCUGGUAUAGCCGAGUGUGACGUCAAUGCUAUUUGCAUAGACACGCCUACAAGCUAUCAGUGCCAUUGUAAAUCAGAAUACAUCGGUGAUGGUUUCUCAUGCUCUCGAGUUGUAGAAGAGGCGCUACCCACGGCAACAGGAGCAUUAAGUGAUGAUCAUCAUACUGCCUGCGGAGCCGACCAUGAUGCAUAUUGCUACAAUGGCGGUACAUGUUCGUACUCUGAAGUAACAAACCAAUACAAGUGUCAGUGCAUGUCUGGUUUUCUUGGCAUACGUUGUCAGUUAGACACACAGAUGUUUGAUUCGGUCAAAGGAAGAGAAAAGUUUCAUAAAACGUUGUACAUUUCACUUGGGGUUGCAUUACCAGUUGUGAUAGCUAGCAUUGUCAUAACUAUAGUCUGCUGUGUUAAAAGCAGACAUAAGAAACACAAUCCAAAGCGCUGUAAUUCCUGCAGCGGUCGUAUAACAGCCCCCAACAGUAAUGGAUACUAUGAAAAUCGGGGACCAACGGAAAGAAUUCCUUCUACUUCUUCAUAUAAAGAUGUAGCUCGAAGCUAUUACAGCAGAACACCCCGACAGAUUUCAGAACGAAGCAGAAACACAGCAGGUUCACGUCAUCACGGCAUGGCCAUCAACAGCAUAAGUGGAUCGGCGGCCGCAAGACUUAAAAAUCAACGCAUUGUAGUGCCAAAGCCAUCCAAACUAAGUAUGCCAUCCCUAACCAAAUCCAGCAGUAAAGAAAACGGAAUUGAUAUGAACCGAGAUAGCUAUAUCGGAGUUAACAAACGUGCUGACACAUCAAACGCUAUUGCUAUAUCCCCAAUUAGUAAUGCUACCGAGGCAGAUGAUUAUAUGGAUAUGUCGCAGGGUCGAAAGUCUUCUGUUUAUGUUAAUAUCGAGCUUAGUAGUCCAGCCAAGAAAGCCUCGCAAUUACGCGAUCCAAUGGCAUUGUUUAAUGAAAAAGAGAGCCAGGAAUUUCUGUGA